AUGGAUGAGUUACGCAAAAAAGUGGCCCAAAAACUCAAUUACGACAACAUUUCACUCGUCAGGCUCUUCUUCGACGGCAAAGAGUUAAAUGAUGGCUAUUCCCUAUACGAGUACAAUAUAAAGCUUAAUAAUGUGAUUCACGUUAUGCUUCGCUCGCAAUCUCUUAUGAACGAGAGGUCUAUUACUAUCAGCGACUCAAUUAUGGCUCAAAAUAAUGAGACCAAUGCUGAUGACUAUAAUAAGGAUGAGAAUGCCAUCGAAGAGGACGACUAUUAUCGCAUUGGAGAUCAUGUGGACGCUGUGGAUGGGGAGACGGGGGCCUGGUUUGAGGCCACUAUCAUUAGGAUAACGUCUAACUGUAGGACUUAUGAACACAAAUAUUAUGUAGAUUUCGAGAAACAAUCGAUUGGUUCUAAUAUAGGACUAAUGUUGCAACAAAUAAGACCUCAAUCGUCGAGACUUAUAUCGUAUGAAGACAUUAGGGAAGGGGAGGCAGUGUUGGUUAACUUUAACAAUGAUUCAGCUGAGGAAAGGGGUAAUACACCUCCGGAUUGCAAUGAAUGCUCUGAUAAGGCAUCGCUUGACUGCAAGAAGUGUUCGUGUAAUGAAUGCGGAGCCAAAUCUUCACCGGAAAAGCAGAUUAUUUGCGACGAAUGUAACGCUAUUUAUCAUAUCUGGUGUCUUAAGACACCAUUGGACACGAUUCCCGACGAGGACUGGUAUUGCGAUGAGUGCGCCAACACUGAUAGAAACCAAUUGAUUGCCAUUCAAUCGACUCAAUUGAAGAGAAGGAAGAAUAGUCUGAAUCGCAUCGGCACUAAAGAUUGGGGUCGAGGGAUGGCAUGUGUGGGAAGGACUCAAAUCUGUGACAGCGUUCCGAAGAACCAUUUCGGACCCAUUCCGGGCGUAGAGGUGGGGAUGUGGUGGCGCUUCCGCUUCCAGGCCUCCGAAGCGGGCGUUCACUCGCCUCUCGUGGCCGGCAUUCACGGCAAAGAGAACUCCGGCGCCUAUUCUAUAGUCUUCUCGGGUUCUUAUGAUGAAGAUAUCGAUUUAGGGCUCGAGUUCUACUACACGGCAUCGGGAGGUAAAGACUCGUCUCAUAAGUGUCGAGUGGGAGGACCGCAGACUAAGGAUCAGGAGUUAAAGCGUUGUAAUAAAGCGCUGGCACUUAAUUGUUACGCACAAUUCAAUGGUGAAAAGGGAGCCAAUGCUGGGCUGGAGUGGCGAAAGGGAACUCCAGUUAGAGUGUUAAGAAGUGGCAACGCAAGGGGUGCCGCCAAGAAGUCACUAUAUUUGCCAAAAGUUGGCGUCAGAUAUGACGGAAUUUAUAAAGUGGUGAAGUACUGGUCACAAACGGGUGACUCAGGGUUUCUGGUUUGGAGGUAUCUGUUGAGGCGAGACGACCCCUCACCCCCUCCCUGGACUGUUGAGGGCAAGAAUCGCAUUAAAAGACUCGGACUCACUAUUAUCUAUCCCGACGGUUGGACGAAAGAGACCGCAUCCAAGAGGUCUUAUAAAAUGGAUGAAAAAGUUUUUAAAAAUAAAAGACCAAAAAUUGUGUCGUUUUCGAUACCAAAGCAUAUAUUAAUUCUCAUAGAAACCGAUAAAAUAAAUAGAAAAUUAUGGCAAACAGUGAUAUCGCAUACAAAAGACGGCAAAAAGAAAUUCAUCGAAAAUGUUGAGUUAAACUUCAAAUGUGUGUAUUGUUUGGAUGUCGUUAAGAGUCCGAUAACCACUCAUUGUUCUCAUAAUAUAUGCAAAGAAUGUUUGGAGCAGUCAUUCAAAUCUGGAGUCAAAACGUGUCCCAUUUGUCGAUCAGAACUCAAGAAUAUUAGAAAAUUUUCUAUAAACAAGGAAUUGAACCAAAUAUUAUCGAAAUUAUUUUCAAUUGAUUACUUCUUCAUUUUACACAAGUAUCUCAAGGGAAGCAUUUUUAUGUCAUCCGAAUCGCCAGAAUUAAACGACACGACGCCCUCAUUGCCGUCAAUACUCAGUAGAGUUCCGAACAUACCUUAUCCUCAGGUCCGGGCUGUACUGGUUCUAAAUGCUCGGACAAAAUACGGCACACAUUCCGCCAGAUAUUCCCCUAACAAUUCCCGUUUGGCCGAUGAGGUCGUCGUCGUCGUGACAGUCUUUGAUGCGAACCUCGAUGUCUGUGGUCUGCCAUUCCACUGA